UCUUUGGCUUUGAUUGCUCUGUUUCUCUCUCUCUCUGCCUCUUUGUUCUUCAUAAUUCUUUACAAGUUACUAGAGAUGUGUUUGAUAAUGAAAGCUGAUGAUCACGACGGUUGUGUGCUAGUCGCGCCUCAGAAUUUCGCGAUGGUUGAAAACGGUAUUUACCGAUCUUCGUUUCCUAAACCAGAGCAUUUCGGUUUCCUCACAGCCCUUAAUCUUCGUUCCAUCAUUUAUCUUUGUCCUGAACCAUACCCGGAGGAGAGUUUGAAGUUUUAUGAGGCCAACAACAUCAAGCUUUUCCAAUUUGCAAUCGAAAGUCAAAAGGAUCCUCCAACUCCAAUACCAGAGGAUACAGUUAUGGCUGCUCUCAGAGUGUUAGUUGAUGUAAGAAACCAUCCGAUUCUCAUUCAUUGCAAAGCUGGGAAGCAUAGGACAGGUUGUUUGGUGGGAUGCUUAAGAAAAGUUCAGAACUGGUGCUGGUCAUCUGUGCUAGAGGAAUACCAAAAGUACGCGGGUUUGAAGUGCAGACAGAGGGACAUGAAGUGUAUUGAGACAUUUGAUACCGUGAGCUUGAGGCAGUGUCUCUUGAGCAUUAUGUACCGUUAUCUCGGUUAUGGCCCUAAUAGGAAAAGGUUGCUCUAUGGAGAAGAAAAUGUCCAGACACCGAAACCGCAGGCUACCAAAGUUUGACAAUGAGAGCAACCAAGUGUGACAUGGUUUGGGUAUAAGUUUGAGAUUCAAUUUAUAAGUAACUAGAUGAUUCUUU